AUGACCCUGAUAGAUCCUACUGACUUCAUUGAAGCUGAAGAAGGAGUGAACUCCUUAAGAUUUGAGGAUGAAAAACAGCAAGCAAAGUUUGAACUUGGUGUUUGUAUGUGCAUUUAUAAAUGGGAUGAGCUCAACACUGCAGUUACAAAUUCUUGGGGUGGCCCAAAUUCUGCUGAUAAGAGAGACUGGAUUUCAGGUAUAGUGAUAGAUUUAUUCAAUGAAAGAAUAAUCGAUGUUCAAUUGAUUGAAGAAACUUUAUUAUAUGCUAUGGUUGAUGAAUUUGACACCGAAGUUGACAAUGAAUCUGCACUUGUUAUUGCAGACAUGAUUGUGAAGAUCUAUAGAGACGUUUACCUCAAGAAAUACGAUGUUGUAGACGAGCUUUACUCAAGAUGGCAACAAAAGAAACAGUCAAGCCAGGGUCAACAAGAAAAAAUUGUUAUUAACGAAGAUCCUAAUAAUCCAGAUGUUUCCGAUAGUGAAGAUGAUGAUGAAGACGAGACACCAGCCUUGGUAGAAAAUGGUGACUCUAUGGAUGUAGAUGAACCACCGGCACCAAUAGUUGAUGAUGAUGGGUUUGAGUUAGUACAAAAGAAAGGGCGUAAAGGAGGAAGACGAUAA